AAAUAAUAAAAUAAAUGUACUCUUUCAACAUUGACUGAGGGAUCUGCAUCUGCUACUUUAAAACAUUUGUCUCAGUACUACCCCCGAGCCUUGACGUCUGAAUAGGAAAAUAGAUAAACCGCAUCAACCACAUUAUUGUUCAGUUCACUAUAGUUUACGUCUUAUUUGUUUAAUGUUGUCUGCGCAGCUGCAUAACUGACAGAUUACUGUCCUUAUUACCCCACCCGUCUGCGUUGGGUGCCAUUUAUCUCAUUCGCCAUAUUUUUAUAGAACAAUUACGUCAGGAUGAAGAAACGAAACUGAGGAGAGGCAUUUAGGGGAUGGUCCACUCCCAGUCAGACUACUACAGGCCAACCAUAAUACUAAAACGGAGCUGGAGUCGAGCGUUUUUAACCGCUAUUGAUUGUAAACAGAAUAAAACGGGUCUAUGAUGGAAUAGAUAAGAUAAUUGCCCUCUGCCAACAAUUAAUGUUUAAAAAUGGAUUAUAAAACUAUACCACUGGAUGACUGGACAGAAGUCCAUGUAAGCGAAUGGCUGUUUUCAAUACGGAUAAAGAAGGAGUAUGUUGAUAAGCUAAUUGAAGAAGAAGUAUCUGGAAUUGUGUUGAAAGAAAUUGAUGAAAUAUUUUUGAAGAAUAUGGGAAUGAAGCAAGGUCCAAUUCAGCUGUUGCUCAGAAAAAGAGAUGAACUAUUGACUAGGUGCAAUGCUCCUGCAACAGAACCUGCUGUAAAUAUUGCACAAACCAGUCAUUCUUUACAAAACGUUACAGAAGGUAGUGUGUUAAGAAAACCUGUGAUGGAUCUUCUAGGUACAGCUGAAGCAAUGAUUGUUCAUUCCAGAACAUCUCAAAAUACUGACCAAAAUCCAAAAUCAAAUAUCAAUGUUCAGGAAUCUGAGAAUUCUCUAUACCAAGAUAACCAAAAUAAACAGACUGAUGGAAAUCUAAAAAAUAUUUGCAAGCUUGAAAAUAAAACACAACAAGUGAAAGCAGAACCAUUAUACACAAGUAAUUUUCGACCAUUUGAUAAGGAGGUUAUGAAUUUCAAAUAUGUAAAAAAUCAAGUUCUUUCACCAGAAACUGGAAUCAUUGAUAUGAUUACUCCUUGCCAUGAAUACAAAUCACUUCUUACUGCUGUAAAACUGGAUAGAGUUAGACUUCAGUCAAAAUUUGCCUGUGAGGUUAUAAGGUUUGCCUCUGCCUGCAUGAAUGUGAGAACAAAUGGUACUAUACAUUUUGGUAUCAUGGACAGUGUGGAAGAUAAAGGUUGGAAACAUGGACAAAUUGUUGGAAUUCCAGUAAAUGACAAGGAUUGGUAUGUUGAUGCUCUGGAUUAUAUUGAGAAAUGUUUUUUUUCAAAAGAGCACCAAGCUGUUGCUAGAUUCUGUAUUCGGCCACCAAAAUUCAUUGAAGUGAUUGAAAAAGAUAACAAUGAGCAAGGAUUUGUUAUUGAAGUUGACAUUGUGGUUCCUUCAACUUCCGUAAAAGGAAAAGUGUUUCAAGUGAGUUUGCCAAAGUUUAAUGAGAAAAGCAAUAAGGUUACACAAGAAAAAAAAACAAUCUAUCAGAGAGUGGGUGCAAAAUCGGAACCUGUCAGUGAGGAGGAUAAUGUUGCUUUUAUUCAGGGCCUUCAAGAUGUAGACUUAAGAAGGGAAAAGGCAGAAUCAAGAGUCAUUAGUGAAAUAAGUGCUAUUGAAAAUCUUAGAAGGAAGUCUGUUCUCCUUACCCGAGGUAAAGAAUAUAUAGAUGAAGAGCAGUGGUACAUACUUGUGGCAAAUAAGUGUGAGAGUAAUCAUCUAACAUAUCUUAACUUUCUUAGGCCUUUAAAUAUUUUCUGUGUGUUUGACUUUGAUGCAGACUCUGAUAAAACUGGGCUGUGCUCAAAGUAUAAUGAGCACCAUGCUACCAAUAACCAUGCAUUGGUCAACUAUUCAAAUGAAAGUGGAAUGAGUAUAAGUGAACUUAGGAAAUCCCUUGGCCUUUUUGAUCAGACUAGCUGGAUAUUUUGCAAUGGACGAAAUAAUUUUCGUGGAGGUGACGAGCCAUGUGAUGAAAACAAUUGGAUCAAGACUAAAAAAAAAUACCUGAAAAAGGCAGUUUCUUUAAUCUGUGAUGAAUUGUUUCCUAAGGGAAGCUUUUUAGUAAUUUUUUUAUUACUUUCACCAGUGGAAAAAACAAUUGUUGAGGUUUUUCAUGAAUUUUAUGCAGAAAUGGGUGGCAUGGAGGACAUAAUUUGCAUUGCAGAAAACAGAGAUCAUUUUGAAAAAUGGGCCAGCUUGGCCCAGGCUUCCUGCAGCAUGGAUGUUCUGGAACAGAAGAGCAUUGUGGGUAUACAGUUAAGUCAUAUUGAUGCUACUUUUCAAAAUAUGUGCCCCUUACCAAAUUCCAGUAAGAAUCUUCCUGUUUCCUCAAAAGGUGUUUGUAUUCUUGAAACUCCUGCAGAAGAAAGAAUGCAUUCCCUUGGCAUACUGUGUGUUAAUGAAUGCAGUGAUAAAAAUCUAGAUAAUUUAAGUAAAGAAGAUGUAAAGGAAAUAGAGGCUACUUUUUAUAAGGGUGGUAAAAUCAGUUGGAAGCAUCUAUGGCUUGCGGAACAGAAGAAAUGUGGUGUAUUUAUUGAGCGUGGAGCUUGUAAUAAAGUCCAAGAGAUAUUAAAUGGAAUCCUUCAUGAAAAUACAGUUAGGCUUCCUGUGGCUAGGAUAAAAAUUUUCCAUCAACCAGGUAGUGGGGGAAGCACAGUAGCUCGACAAAUUUUGUGGAAAAAUCGUAAGGAAUUGAGGUGUGCCAUAGUAAAGUCUUCCAAUCCGUAUUCUACAGUUAGUCAGCAUGCUGUGAAACUUAGAGAGUAUGAUGAGAAAAACCCUAACCAGUGUCUGCCAGUUCUUCUUCUUGUUGAAGACUGUGAUGAAGAUUAUCUUGAUGAUUUGAGACAUGAAUUAAGUGAAGCUAUGACUAUGAAAAAAAUUGCUUCCUCAAAGCCUUGCUUCAUUCUUAUGAGCUGUAAACGAUCAAAUGCCCCAGAAGAGCUUUUUAGAGUAUCACCGUUAGAAACAGUGGCAGUCACUCACAAGCUUAAUGCAAAAGAAAUAGAUGAAUUUCAAUCAAAAGCUAAUGAACUCGAAAAGGAAUUUUCUAACAUAGAAUUUUUAAUUACAUUUGUUUUAAUGAAACAUGAAUUCGAUGAAGAGUAUGUGACUAAUUUUGUGCAGAAUGUCAUGGAAGGCAUUGACCACUCAGCAGUUGUAACACGUUUAAUGAGAUAUGUUGCAUUACUUAAUUGUUAUGUUCAAAAUUCACACAUUUCUGUAUCACAUUGUGAAGCAUUUCUUGGUCUAGGAGCAUAUACAAAAGAUCAGCAUAGCAUUAUUCGACAGCAGAAUUUUAAAAGUUGUUUAAAUCAGCAGGCAAAGCUUUUAUUUAUUGAGCUGAAAGAAUCUACAACUUACAUAUCCUCUAUUCAAAUUAUUCACCCCUUAGUUGCCAAGGAAGUUUUAAACCAACUUUCUGGUACACGUCUCCAAAGUGCAAUUGCAAAGGAUCUGCUAGAGGAAAAGGUACUUCUGCAGCAUAGAUUUGGCAGAGAUGAGUUCAUAAAAUUCCUUCGCGAUUUGUUUUUACGACGUCAUAGAAAGAGCAGAGGUGAUAGCGUGGACAGCUUUUUUUCACCACUUAUUGAGCAUAUUUGUGAGGAAGAAAAAGGCAAAGAGACUGCUAUUAAUCUUUUAAAAGCUGCCUAUGAAAGAUUUGACAAAGAUCCCUUCUUUGCUCAACAACUUGCCAGGCUUUGCUAUAGACACGAACAGUUUGAAGAAGCAAAAAAGUGGGCAGAAAUUGCUAAAUCACAGUUGCCUGGAGUUUCUUUUAUUUUGGAUACAGAAGGUCAAGUAUAUAAAAAAUGGUUUAAUGUGAUAAUGGACAAAAAAAAUGACCAUACGCCAGAAGAAGUUAUAGAAUUGAUUGGUAUUGGACUUAAAUCCAUGGAGUGUUUCAGAGCAGCGCAAAAAGCAGCAACAUCUGAAAUGGACAGCUUGAAUAAUUCUUCAUACAUUGGAGAAGUUGACCUUGGUUGUCGAAUGUUGCAUCUCCUUUCAAAACAGCCAUUCUUUUCGAAAAGCAAAGACCGAGAGAGUGAAGAACUUUUAAGUUACCUUUUGACUGAAUAUAUACCAAAGGAAAUAGAAAAACCUUGGUUUAAACUUCAUUAUCAUUUGAAAGGUUUGUACCAAAAUAUUUAUAAUGCUUUGGAGUGGAUUGCUGAUGAUGUAGGUUAUUUUCAGAGUGAUAAAAUUGAUGGAGAAGAAACUAGCAAAAUAGAAGAACACAUUCAUAGUCCAAGGAAAUGGUUAAUUAGAAAAACUGAGACAUUUGCAAAGUUUUUCAGCUCUGAACAUUUUCUUUCUUGCACUGAUAUAGGAAAAGAAAGUCAGUUAGUUAGAAAGAUGACCAUUUACAAACUUGGUGGAGGGAGUACAGCAACUAUCCUUUCUUUGCUCUCGGAUUCAAAAGAUGAAAGAUCGGGGAAAAAACUUGAAAAUAUAAUAGCUCUUUAUCCUCAAGAUAUAUCACAAGAGCGACUAGAUGAUGUGGAUCUCAUCAACUAUAUCAUGUGCCAUAUUUCAUUAGGAUGUGUGUUUCCUGGCUCUUCCAAAAUUCUGUCCUUUGAGAAAUUGCGUGACCUUUGUAAACGAUUUGUGAACCCAAGGAGAUCCUUCCCUCCAAGUGCCUAUCUUUUAAUAUUUUUACUUUUUUGGCCUGAUGAGAAGUUUGACAAAAAGCCAGAUGCAAAUAAAGACAACUUUUUAACAUUUGCACUCCAUACUGCAAAAAGACUGCAUGAAAUACGAAUAAAAAAUGUUCCUGUGCGGAAAAAAAGAACAAAUGUGCUGUUUUUUCAUGGCAAGGGGCACGGUCUUCAGAAGAUUAUGCACAGAAGUAAAAUAGAAAAACGGAUUGAAGCUCCCUUAAAUGAGCGGAAAAUGAAGUGGAUCAAUUUAGAUGUCUCAGAAGAAGAAGAGAACCAUGUUCAUAGGCUUCUAAAAGCUGUACAUGGGUGGACAGAAAAUGGGAAAGUGUAUGCACAGGGCCACUGUAAGAACCAGAAAAUUGAAAUCCUACCAUUGAACUAUUCAUCUGUGCCACAUGGAAAUGAAAAUGUUACAUUUUAUUUGGGUUUUACAUUUCUUGGGCUUGUUGCUUAUAACAUACAGCUGCAAAAAUAAAUUCAGCUGCCAAUGCAUUAUGUGAUAUUUGUAUAGAAAUUAUAUUAUUGAAUUAAAAUAUGUACAUAAA